CGUGUGCGCUCCUCUCUCUCUCCAUGACGCGCACGUCCGCACCGCGCCGCGCCGUCGGCGGCCUUGAUGUGAAGCAGGAGGAGCGUCCGCCCUUCCUGCGAGAGGAAACUCACACUGACGUAAAAGAAAGAAGCCUCCAGACUAGAGCGAGCAGUGUUUUCAAUUAAAGCGAACCUUUUAAUGCCGCUUGUCUUUACUGAAACUCUGCGUCUUUUCACACCGACUCAGCCGCGUUUGGUGACGGGGAGAGAACACAGCGACGGGCCAGAGGAAAAGCAGCUUGUGCACCGGGUUUUUGGCAUGGCUGAUCUGCUGAGGCUGCUGCUCCGGGUGGCAGAGAAAGCGGCCAACGUGGCCCGGGUCUGCAGGCAGGAGGCUCCCCUCUUUCAGCUCCUCGUGCAAGAGAAAACCGGAGAGGACAAGAACAAGAAGUUCGUCCAGGACUUCAAGACGCUCGCUGACGUCGUGAUCCAGGAGAUGAUCCGGCAUGAUGUCCGUGCUCAGUUCCCUGAGAUGGCCGGCUUCAUUCAUGGAGAGGAGUCCAACAAGUUUGAAAACGGGCUUGGAGAGAGUGUGACGGUCACAGUGUGCGGUACGCAGGAGGAGACCGCCAAGCUGCUGGCCUCGGUGCUGGACGGCGACAACACGGCGGCGUCUCUGCUGGCUCGAGCCAUCCACCAGGACCCGGUGACCAUCGAAGCCAACACAGACGGUCUGACGGUUCCCCUCAGCCCGUCCGAGCUCGGCAUCUGGAUCGACCCGAUAGAUGCCACCAGCCAGUACAUCGAGGGCCGGGAGGAGGUGCUGGAGGAGGGCCACCUGUUUCCAUCAGGUCUGCACUGUGCUUUGGUCCUAAUUGGGGUUUAUCUCCGGAGCACAGGUGAGCCCGUCAUGGGCGUCAUCAACCAGCCGUUCAACUACAAAGAUCCAGCAGGUGGAGGCUGGAAGGGGAAGCAUUUCUGGGGUGUGUCCUUUGGCGGUGUCAACGCUUGCUCAGAGUCCCGGCCAAAAGACGGACCCGGUGGCGGGCUGUCUGCGGUGCUGAGCUCCAGCGAGAAGCCGGUGGUGAAGGAAGCCCUGACCUCGUUGUGCGGCCCCGACAAGCUGAUGUACGCCUCUGGAGCCGGCUACAAGAUCCUGUGUGUCAUUCAAGGCUUGGCCGAUGUUUACAUCCUCUCAGAAGGAAGCACCUUUAAGUGGGACUCCUGCGCUCCUCACGCCCUGCUGCGAGCCCUCGGAGGGGGAGUGGUGGACCUGGCUAAGUGUCUGCAGUCCAAUUCUGGAGCGCAGGGUCACCAGACAGAACUGACCUACCACCAGCCCAACACCGAGUGCAAAGGAGCUGACCGCUGGGCUAACAACGGCGGCCUGGUGGCUUAUCGAGACUGUUCUCAGCUCUGCAGCGUCAUGGGAGCGCUGAGAGGCAAGCUGUAACUGACAGAGCAGGGGAAGUAUUCGAAACACUUAUUGUUGCAUAUACAGUACGACUAUAUUCAUGUUUUCUAUAUUAGUAGUGGGAGAGGGAUGGGGGUGGAGGAUGAAAUAUUUUAAUUUAGGUUAAAUAGUAAAGAUAUAUUUGCAAAUAUAUAUAUAUAUCUACAAGUUGAACACCCGGUCUGGGCCAAAUAAUAUUUCAAAUACUGUCUGGUCUUAAUCAGUGGUUCUGGAAGGGUAAAUCACGACCGGGAGGGAAAAACAUUUAUUUGGGAAUAAUAAACAAGAGCGCCGCGAUAUAGGUUAUAACAGAUUUGUUUAGAUUAUGAUCAAUUUGGUGUGGUGACGCUAAUCAGGCAAAUCAAAGCACGUCUUACUUUUUUGUAAGUUUAUUGUCAGAAUAUGAAGAGAGCCUCUGUCCGUCUUUGCAGUUUUUAAAAAUGAACAAACAAAUCUGUCGACAUCAGGGAGGAACGGAUGGAUUGACUUCAGCAGAUGCGACCGACAGAGUCAGUUUUAUUGAGCCUCUUCGCAGCUGCAACAAACUAAACAUUAUUUGCAAGUUUUAUUUAGCUCAGACCUAACAAUCGUUUAUUAACCCUCUGGUGUCCUAAUCAUAGCUGAUUGCUCGGGGGCCCCAGAGGAUUAAUAAACGUCGCUCUGUAACGGUUUAUCUACAUGUUGCAUAAAGAAAAAGGUAUUAUAAUAAUAAUAAUAGUAACGUACAGUGCUCACUGCUGGACAGCUGAGGAACACUCCACUGCCAGAGGAAAGGUAAUGCACAACGCAUAUUGCAAUUGUUCGGCCGUAUCUAACCUGUAAGAGGCUCGAAAACGUCAUGUGAGUCAAAUCAAGUGUGCAGGAAUCUGCAGCUCUCACUGUCUGAAACAGCUCCUUUUAAGGAGCAGAGAUAGACUUGUCCUGGCCUCUUUCCAUGGCUAUAGUACCAUCAGUUAAUCAGGUCAGAGAAUGGAGAAGCCAUAUGAGGUAAAACCCGGGACACAGAGACCUUUUCCAGUGUGGGUUUACAAUCAAAUGAAAUAUUAAGCUGAUUUAAAAGGACGUGAUCUGUGCAGGCUCCGCCGAAGGACUUAAGAGAUUCCUAUCAAGAUGUUUGUAAUCAUGACGUGUGUAACCUUACUUUUAUUGUCACGGUAUAUGUUUAAAAUGAUGCAUAAAACAGAACAACAAUGUGCAUAUAGGAAAUCAUCUUUAUUUUGAAAACCAGAGAAAGCAGGGGAAAGAAACCCAACAGUGAUAUUUUUUUUUAAAACUGUUUGCCAGCCAGGGAACUCGCAUCUUUAAUUCCCUACAAAAAACCCUGAUGAUUGUCAGAUAUUUUUUGCAAUACUUCUGCAUAUUCUGUUAAAAAUUUUAAAAGAAAGAAAAAGAAAAAUGUGUUGGCUCUUUCAUUGUUUUUUUUUGUUUGUUUUUGUUUUUGUUUUGACCUCUUGGACUUCAAACUGCUACCUAUAAACAUACAGCACUGUACAUUCUCAAGUCAAAGUGGACGUGUGGAAAACGAUGCAGUCUUUGCUUAUUGUGGUUACAGCUGUGGCGACAGUUUCCUAGACAGGGAUUGGCUUUUAGAUAUUUGACAGUAUAUCAUGAGCUAAUAAAAAAAAAGAUUUUUGAAGAUGACAUGAGGAAGAGAACAGGAAGAGCCGAGGCCUAAACGAGUACGGAAAAGAUGAAAAACUGCAUCUUGAAAAAGAGUUUUUCCAACUUUCACUGACAAAUUUACUCAUUUUUUUUGUUGACGUCUGUCCGAUUAUCACGUAUUAAUAGUUCUGGCUUUAGCCGUACCCUUCCGUUUAAAAAGUAAAUCCACUUUACAUUUUGAGGUUUCAUUUUAAAAAGAGAAAAAGGUCAUUUUUUAAUUGUAAACAACUCGAUCCAUGUCUUGGAAACUGGUCAAAUGCGAACAUGAGAGAAGAAAACAAAAAAAUUUGACACAUGAAAAAACAACAACAAAAAAAACAAA